AUGUUUGGUGGUUUGGAUUCGUCGGGUGACGAAGGUGAAGGAUUGGCUAAUCAGGGUCCAUCUGGAAAUAGAAACACACGACAAGUAGCGAGCAGAGGUAUGAGGUCGAUGUUUGCAGAAGAUGAUAUGCAGUCAAGGCAAGGCGUUACAUCCCUGCGUUACGAAGAUAAGGGGACUGACAAAGCGGUAGCACGUUCGGUGAUGGGUAGUGGAGGCGCCACUGGGCAACAGUCAAAUGCUUCGUCGCCACUGCAAACAGCAGUACAGGCCGUGGUGGUCGCAUACAAAGGAGAGGAGGUGAUUGGGUCAUGCGUUGUGGCCGCAUGUGUGCCUCGUACAAGCGCCACGGCUCCUCCCCUCAUUGCAAUUAUUGACCGGGACAAGCGACCGCAGUGUCGGGUGCGCAUGGACGAAAAUCUGCAACUCAUUCAGAGUGAAGGGGAGCCGCAGUACGCCUCGCUGUUCGAUCCAAGUUUUGGAGGUCAUUGGUCACUGAUGUUCAAGGGGCGCCGGGAGUGCACAGAGUUUGUUGCUUCAGUACUUACUGCCCUCAACUCUUCGCGUCUGCAAGACAGUGGAGUGACGCCUCCAAUUGUUGAGUGGGGAAGCGGCGCGUCGCCAUACGAAGAGCUGGGCGCAGCCGCACGCACGGUAACGCGUGGAGACACGGUAACGAUUUCCUUCACGUCUUGGCUGCUACAACGGGUGCCGGGAACGUCCUUUUUUUCGUUAGGGAAAGUGAUUGAGGAGGUGCCACCAGAGGCACCGCGUGAGGUAAGUGUGGGCUCCGGUACAAUGAUGAUUGGUGUAGAAAACGCCCUGACUGGCAUGAGGGAAGGUGGUUUCUCACGACUGGUGUUUGUGACGCCGCGGUUGACGAAAGUGAACCGCGGCUUGGGGAAUCCGGAGGUUCAGCCGUCUGAUACGGUCGUUACACACAUCACUUGCCACGAGAUUCUGCGGGCCGUGGGAAGAAACAAAGCUUCAAGGCCCGCACACCAAGUGGGGACGGUAGAAGCAGACAAUGUUAACUCCGCUUUUGAUAACACAACGGCGGCAUUGGGAGCGCCAGCGGUAAUAAGUGACCGUAGGGAGUGCCCACCAGGGUCGGUGGAAACUGGAGCCGCGCAAACAGGGUCGUCAGACGUGAAUUCGCUCAUGCAAGUCCUUCUGCUACAGACGCUACAACAGCAGCAGCAACAGAAGCAGAGCGUCAGUGCCCCAGUUGCCGAGGGAGGGCAGUUGAGCUCAAUUGAGCGAAGCGUGGAGCGACUUCACCUUCAGAUUGCAACCCUUUAUGAGAAGGUUGAUCGCCUUGGCAUUGACGAGAAGAUAGAGAAAAACAACGCAGCGAUUGAGCGGAUCGUCAAAAAAGUUGUAGGGAAGGUGCCGAUGGGUGAGGUAGAUUUGGAAGAUGCGGUAAAAGACCGUGAUGGGCUUCUUGCGACUAUUGAAAGGCUGAAAGGACGGCUCGAAGAGGAGACGAGUAAUUACCAUCGGGCCCUGGAGGCAAUGAGUCGGCACAAGGAUGAGGUGCUCCAGUUACAGAAGGACCUGCAGCUGCAACAGGAAACUCACGGAGCGCGCGUGCAGCAACUUGAAGAAGAUAGGCGCCUGCGGCUCGUGGAGGCCCAUGUUCAGCAGCAACAGGCCGUAGAACGUGUAGGGGAGGAAAAGUUCCGCGAAGGCUACGAAGCCGGCGUCCGAGCAACUGAGCAAAAGCAUAAGGAACAGCGGGCCCUAGACCCCGCCGCAACCGAUGGCUGCACAACACAGGAGUGGAAGGAUCGUCUAUUUGCCAGUGAACAGCGUGCAGUGCAGCUGGAAACGGCGCUUCAGCAAGCUGAAGGACGUCACAUAGCAGAGAGGCGCCAACUGCAGGAGCAUGUCGAUGCGCUUACAAGGAUGACGACGAUGCUGCAGGAACGGGCAGAGGCCAAAGCAUCAGCUGUAGAAAUAUUGGAUGGCCAGCAGACGGCUGAACAGCAAAGUGCUUUCCUCCGCCGAACGAUGAAUUCGGUCUAUGUGAACUUGGAGACCCAACUACGUGCCAUGGGGAGCGAUACGGUUUCCGUGCUAGAUGUGUUGCACCUGCUGAGUUCUGUUACUGCCGCCGAGGUCAGCGCGUUCAGCGAUGAUGCUUCCAAGGAGGCACUGCUACAGUGGAAUCCAGCAGUGAGUGCUAACUCUGAUCCGGUGGAACUGCACUCGACACACGUUGCAAACUACUUGCAAGACGCGAGCGAAAUGCGAGCUGGAGGCACCGAGGGCACGUCGGACACACUCGGGUCUGUGGGUUAUGCACAUAUCUCUGGCAUUGACCAGCCGCCAGUUGUGCAUGACGAGACAGGCCAGCUUGGUGUGCCACCGCCACCUGAGGGCGAGUCUCUAUUUGCUUUCAACUCUGAUGUCGAUGGGUUCCCCGAGCCGCCCAACCUCCUGAUCGAUGCUGAGGAUGGCAACGAUGCCGCAGGCGGUGGAAUUGAUAACGUGAGGAACCUCGGGGAAAUCUUUUUGGAAGGGGCACCAAGAGUAACGGACGGAGAUGAUUGA